UAUGCCACCGAAAGCUAAAAAGAUUGAUCCUGAAUUAUAAGCUGUAAUAAAUUAUUAUAAUAAAUUAGAAAUAAUUUGAAUAAUGGAAAGAAAGUGAUGAAUACAGAAUCUGGUCAGAGUUAUAAAUAAUAUAUAAAUCCAUGGAAAAUAACAUAUCUGAAACUUCUAAAGAUUUGACAGGCAAUUGGCAAGUAAAAUAUUAUUUUAUAGAUUACCUUUCAUAUAGAUUUAUCAUGAUAAAUUACUUGAAGUAUGUUAGACAUUCAAAUGCAAAUCAAAAAUAAAAUAAAUUGAACAUGCACAUAUAAGAAGUGCAUUCUUUGCAGUUGAGGAUGUUGAAAUAAAUAAAACAGUAUAGAAACAAUAUUUAGAUGGAUUUUAUUAUUCAGUUGAGAAAUAAGAUAAAGAUAGAGCUAAACAUGUAAAGGAAUUAUUUGCUAAAAUUGCUAGAAGUAUAUAUAUAUGAAUUAUUUAUUUAUAUAGCAUUGGAGGAUCAUAAAUUUUUUGAUAUUAAUGCAGAAAAUUAUAUAGCAGAGAGGAAAGCAUUUGUAGGUCUAUUGAAUGAUUUUUUGAAAAAACUUCCAAUUCUAAUUAAAUCAAGUCAUAAAGUCAUUGAAGAAAAACUUAUGCUUGUUUUAGGACCUUUAAGAGCAUUAUUAGAAAUUAAUAAAAAAAUGAUGUUCUUUGAUCUUGUUAAUACUUCAAGUCAAGCAAGAUAAACAAAGGAUUUCAUAUUAAAAGUUAUUUAUAUUUAUAUAAAAUUAGGCUGAUGUUGAAUAAUAUUGUAUAUGUUUACAAGAAGCUUAGAGAUUAUUAUUGGAAUCAAAAGCUAUUUUAUGCAAUCCAAAUGUUAAAUUGAUUUUUAAUAAAUUGGGAUAUGAAGGAUGGUAAUAAAAUAAGAUUGAGUCUUUUUAUUUAACUCCAUUAUAAGAUGCUUUUGAUAAAAUGAGAAACAAUUUACUUUGUUUAAUGUUAAAAGGAAUUAAUUAUUAUAAAGCACCUUUAAUGGAAAAUACAGUAAGAAUUUUGAUAAAUAAUAGCAAUUUGUUGAGGAUGUAAAGGAAUUGAUUGAUGCAGAAUUGAUUGCUGAACAUCUUAUGGGUACAGCAUUGAAAAGAGAUUAAUUAAAUUUUACAUUUAAGGUUUUAAGUGUUAUCUAUAAUUCUAAUGCAUAAGCAAAAGAGUUUCUUAUUAAAAGAGAUGAUAAUUGUAUUAAAGGAAGUAUUCCAAAAUUAAUAACAUAUCAUACAAUAUUAUAUAUGAGAGCAUGGAAGGAUAGAAAAAUAGCAGAUGAAUUAAAAGAAUAAAAAUUAUAAUAAAAAACAUAACCUUUAGCAUAAUCAAAUUUAUUUGAAGCUUAAUCUGCUAUGUCAGCCAUGUCACCAGAUAAAAAGAGAUAAGUUGAUGAUGAUUUAAGGAAAAAAGAAGAAGAGAAUAUGAAAAUUUAAGAUAAAAUAGAUUUUGAAAAGUAUGGUAGAUAUUGGAUUUGGGAAUAUUAUGCUCAAGAUUAAAUGAAAGCUAAUUUUGAAGAAUGUGUUGAAUUAAUUAGACAUAUAAAUAAAGCUGUUUAAUAAGAUAUAGAAGAUGUCAUUAUUAAAGAGGGAAUGGUUCCAAAGUAUGUUUAUAUAAUUAUUUUAGAAAUCGUCCACGUUAAGUAUAAUAGAAUGAUCCAAGUUAGAUGUUCAAUAAAUUGUAAGAAAAAGAUAAUGCAAAUGUUUAUGUUAUUUAAAGGAGACCACCAGAAUUAUGGAAUUAUCCUAAAAUUGUAGAGGAAGAACAUGAAUUUAGAGCUAUUGCUAAACCUAGAGAUUGUUAUAAAGAUGGAAGAAUUUAAGUAUUGGAAGGAAAGAUGGAAUAAUUGAGUUCACAUUUGGAAAAUAAUAAACCUUAAAGUUGGAAUGAAUUAAUUCAUAGAGUGAUAGAUGCAUUAAGCAAUUAAUAUAAUAAGAAACCUAGUGCAAUUGAACCAGGAAAAUGAUA